UUAACUUUAGUGUGCGCCGACCAGUUUCCGUAGACGGCCACAAAACACGGUACGCAGACGCGAUAUCAACUUAACUAAAACCAACUAUCAAAAUUUUUCAAAAUUUCAAUACAACAAAGAAAAGCCAACCACAACAACAAAGCAAAAACCAAUCGAAGAGCGCUCCGCUUAUGUAAGCCCCAGCCUCUAAGUUCUAUCCAGUGCAGUGGCCGAGCGCAGCGCUCAAAGUGUAAACACAACAACAACAACAGCAGCAGCAACCCCCCAACACCAGCAAAAAGAAAAAAAAUAAUAAUAAAAGGCAGCAGCUACAGCUCAACUUGAAUUAAGCUCAAUUCGCAAUCUCUCAACUCUCCGUUUUUUCGUAAUCGCAAAACAAAAGCAAAAGGCAAAAAUAAAAAUAUAAAAUCAAAAGAAAAAGAGAAAAAAAGUGAAUCUGCCUUUCGAGUAAUCUCCAUUUUAAUUUCCAUCUCUCUCGCACCCAACAGUCGGACAGUCUGCCAUUUUUUUCCGUUGCUGCUGCCGCCGCUGCUGCUGCGCCGCGCGUUUUUUAUUGUUUAUGUUUUUUCGUGUUCUGAGCCCCCAGAGAGAAGGUUAAGAAAUAAUAAAAGCAAUACAAUCAUCAGAAUCACAAUUACGAUCACAAUGAAAUGGAAUGAGUGAAAAAUAAAUUUCGUUAACAACAACAACAACAACAGCAACGGCAACAACAACAGCAAAAGUCGUCUGCCAAGCAAAUUUCACGCCGUAUUUAAUCUUAGCGCACUGCCUGCCUGCAGUUUAAUCGCUGUUCGUCUUUCUUUCCGUUCGUGUUGUGUGGGUUCUGUGUUCUUCUGGUUCUUCUCUGUGUGUGUGUUAUAUAUUCUUAGUGUCUUCUGCCAUCUGAUGAUCUGCGGCUGUUCAACAGUUAUCAGUUAUCAGUUAGCAGCUAUCAGCUAACAGUUAUCGGCGCGCGUCUCGUUAUCGUUAUCGUUAUCGUCGAGUUCGAGCUAGAGCCAGAGCCAGAGCUAGAAGUUGAGCACACGGCGCAGGCGCAGUCGUUAACGUGUAACGGUACAUUCGCAACGGUAACAUACACACUCACACACACAUUCAACACACCCAGAGUCACAUCAAGUCCAUCGCAAACGUGUAUGAGAGUGCUGUACAAAAUUUGAUCAUACUUUCCCCGAAAAAGGAUUUCAACCGUCCAGAAAUUGGACAUCAUUUGGACUUGGCCUAAGUUCUUUAAAGCAAUCCCCACAAUACAGACCACAUAAAAUGUUCUCAAUAUUUGGCUCGAUCAUAGCGCUUAUAUUGGCCAGCACAAUAUGCGAGGCACUGCCAGAUCUGCACAAACAAAUGUCGCCAGAGCAACUGCAUUCAGUUUUCCAUGUGGACACACACGACGCCGUGCCGCACUAUGAGCUCGUCCAGCUGCUGCACCACUCGUCGCACGGCGGUCUGCAGCGCAAGCGUCGCAGCCUCGACGAACGCAUCAAUGGGAGCAAUGCACCCAAGCCGCAUCAUGUCAAGAAGGAUCUGAGCAAGAAUGCCUACUACAGUGAGCUGAAGCAACAGGCGGCCACUGGCAGCAGCAAGAAUCAGCUGCUUGGCGACGACAUCAGCUCCAUCAAGGCGCACAAUGUCUCCUUCAGCGCCUUCGGCAAUCCCGUCAAUCUCACGCUGCGCGCCACGCAGGGCCUGUUCAAGGGGGCGCCGCACGAGCUGCGCAUGUGGUCGGUGGGCAGCGAGUCGAAUGCCACACAUGGCCUCGAUCUGCAGGAGAUCCUCGAUGAGAAGCAUCACAAGCAUGAGAUUGGUGAAGUCUUCCAAGAUGAGCAGAACAUGGCAGCGAUCUUAAUGCGCCGCCAUAUGGAAACUGGCGAUUUGAUAAUGGAGGGCAGCAUUGGUCACGAUCUGGUCAUUAAACCUUUGCCACACGAGCUGAGUCCCAACAAGGAGCAUGCCCAUCACAUUGUCUUCAAGCGUGCGGCCUCUGCGGCCGAUGAUCAACUGAGUGACUUUGCUUUCAUGGAACCCGACGAUUUGCUGGCCAGCGAAAAACUUGAGCGUCUGCAGCGGCGUCAGCAUCGCAGUCGACGCAGCAGCGGCAGCAGUCCCGACUUCGAGGACCUCAACGAUGAGGACGAGGGCCAGCUGGACACCGAGGCAGAGCCGGCCGAACCCCAAACCUCAGAGUCACGCGUGCGCCCCAGACGCCAAGCCCCGUACGUCAUCUAUCCCGAGGUCUUGGUGAUUGUCGACUAUGAUGGAUAUCGGCUGCAUGGCGGUGACAACCUACAGGUCAAGAGGUACUUCAUUUCGUUCUGGAACGGCGUCGAUUUGCGCUACCGCCUGCUGAAGGGACCCAGAAUACGCAUCAGCAUCGCUGGCAUCAUUAUCUCACGCGGUCGCGAUGCCACGCCCUAUCUGGAACGUAAUCGUGUGGGCCGCGAUGCCAUCGACUCGGCUGCCGCCCUGACCGACAUGGGCAAAUACCUGUUCCGGGAGCGACGUCUGCCCGUCUACGACAUCGCCGUGGCCAUCACCAAACUUGAUAUGUGCCGUCGUACCUCCGCAUUUGGUGAAUGUAAUCGCGGUACCGCAGGCUUUGCCUACGUUGGCGGCGCUUGCGUGGUUAACAAGCGGCUGGAGAAGGUGAACAGCGUCGCCAUCAUCGAGGACACCGGCGGCUUCAGCGGCAUCAUUGUGGCCGCCCACGAAGUGGGACAUUUAUUGGGCGCCGUGCACGAUGGCUCACCACCGCCCAGCUAUCUGGGAGGACCGGGCGCACAGCGUUGCCGCUGGGAGGAUGGCUACAUAAUGUCCGAUCUGCGUCACACGGAGCGCGGCUUCCGUUGGUCCGCCUGCACAGUGCAGAGCUUCCAUCACUUCCUCAAUGGGGACACCGCCACCUGCCUGCACAAUGCGCCGCACGAGGACAGCGCCCUGGGUAGAUCACUACCCGGCACGCUGCUCUCGCUGGAUGCGCAAUGCCGGCGAGAUCGUGGCACCUAUGCGUGCUUCAAGGAUGAGCGUGUCUGUGCUCAGCUCUUCUGCUUCGACGCCCAGACGGGCUACUGUGUUGCCUACAGGCCAGCAGCCGAGGGCUCAGCGUGUGGUAAUGGCUACCAUUGUCUGGAUGGUCGCUGCUCCCCACUGCCUUCUAAUAUAAUUCCCGACUAUGGAAACAAUUACCGUUUAGUAUACAAUAAAAUCAGCCAGAAGAAAAGCGAUGCGAACAGCCAAGCGGGCGAAGACAUUGAAAAUAGUAGUGAGGAGAACGAAUCCCAAGAAGCUGAAGAUGAAGCCGAAGAGAAGCAGGAGCAGGAGCAGGAGCCGGAGAACACUAGUAGUGAGGAGCAGCAGGAUAAUAACAUACAGCAGAGCUCUGCUGCGGCUGUUGCUGCUACGGCUGAUGCUGCUGCUGCUGCUGCUGACAAUGCUGACACACCGACAACAACAAAAACAGCAACAGCACGAACCUCAAAAUCGACGACACCGACGACUGCAUCACGUUCCAAAUCAUUUGAGUUUUUGCGGCGACUGUUCAACACUGACCACACUGAUAAUUUGGCACUACACAACACUGAGUCGGAGUGGCUGCAAAAUGGUGGCGUUAUGGUUAAGACACACACCAGCAGCAGCAUCAGCAGCAGCAGCAACAGCAACAGCAAUGGCGCACGCUACACAACAACAACAACAACACCAAAACCAACAACAACAACAACAACCACAACACAAACACCAAAUCUGUUUCAAAUUUAUACACAUGAACUACGAAAACAAAUUGAAUACUAUUUUCAUUUGAUACAAACACAACAACAACAACCACAAAAACAACAACAACAUCAGAAUACGCCACAUAAACAACAACAAGAACAAACUGUAGUUACGUCCAAUGAACAUUUCUCAAUACCCUUGGUACAAAAACAAAUUACAAAUUAUAGUGCCACCACCAACAGCAACAACAGCGGCGAGAGCAGCAACAAUGGCGCUAAAGAACAUAAUAGCAACAGCAAUGGCAACAGCAACAGCAACAGCAACAACAACAGCGUGGAAGGAAACAAGCGACAGCAGCAGCAACAACAACAACAACAACAACAGCAUCAUCUAGUUGAUGAGGAAAACGAGGCCAAUGCCGGCAUUGAGAUCAAUGAAGCAAUUGAGCGGCAAAAACGUAAGUUUCACAUACAGCAACCCAGACACUUGACAACACUGCAACAGCAACAACAAUUGGCAACAACAACAACAACAACAAGCACAACAACAGCCGCAGUCCGAGCAGCCAAGGCGACGCCAACAACAACAGCUGCAACAGCAACAACAACUAAAACAAAAGCAACUUCAUCGAUAUUCGAUGCAUAUUUUAAAAAAUUUCAAGCAUUGCAUUUACCAACACUGGACGGUGCGGUUACAGCCACCACAACAUCGGUGUCCACCUCCGUCAGUUCAACAGCAACAAAAGCCAGCAGCACACAACAACAGCAACCACAGCAACAACAACAGCAACAACAAAAGCAACACCAACAACAGCAACAGCAAAAUUUUGAUGGCAGUCAAUUCUUAAAACGUACGCUAAAUCGCAGUAGUAAUAUAACAAACAAAAAUAGUAGUAAUAAAGUUAGUCAUAACAAUAGUCAGCAACAACAACAACAACAACAGCAACAGUUGACAUCGCCCUCAUAUGUAACAAAUUAUAUUGGCGACAAUACCAACAAUUUGCCAACGGUGUUGGACAAUCAGCCAAGCACAACAACAACAACAACAACAACAAUAGCCAUACAACAACUCGAACAACAGUCAACAAAUGGCAACACAACAACAACAACAACAACGCUCAGAAAACCUAAAAUCAAAACACAAAAGCUGAUACGACGCACACGAGUCAUGUGAAAGACACAAAAAACAAAAACAGAAACUAGAAAGAGCGUUGUCAACACUGCUGCUAUUUCUACUACUAUUUCUGCUACUACUAAAUAUACGUAAACACAACAUUUCAACUCGAUCAACAACACUGCCAGCGCUACCCAGUUUGUAACUGUAACUCUCAAAGUACGCGCACAGACAAACACACAGUUACACACACACACACACAUAGAACAGAUUUACAGUUACACGCACACAAGCCUAAAUUGUCCUCUCAACGUUCCGAUUCGAUUUGUUACUUUGCUACUUCGUGCGUGGUUAACUGGAAGCUGUUUCCGUUUUAGAGCACUGCCAACCGGAAAGCGGAUGAAACGUUUGGAUUUGGCCUGGUUAUUGCCAUUGAGAAAGUUUUAACAACAAGAGAAACAAACAAAAUACUUAUGUAUAUUUGCAGUUGCAGCAAAUUGUGUUUUUAGAUAGAAUUUUUAUAU